AUAAACUUCAACGGAAUCGCGCGUCACCCGGAAAUACUCAGAGCAGUUGGUGAACAUGCUUUACACUGAUGUUCUAAUGCAGUUUGUUUCGCUACAAAUGAUUUCAUUACGGAAAAUUGGAUGAUUGUAAUUCCGUUCACAGAGUUUUAAAUGAUUUUGGUGGCUUCGUGCUCUUCAAUAAACCAAAAUGGGUAAAAAGAAGGGGAAAGUUAGAAGUCCUAGAGCAGACAGCAGCAUUGAGACACCAGAGGUUUCCUGCACUCACAUCCGUAAAGGAAUAGACAACGGCUUACUGAAGAAGUCCGAUCUGAGUCUGAGCUCGUGCCAAGACUGUGAGCCGAACAAGCCUGUUGAAAACCAGAUCUCAGAGGAUGAAACUGACAGAGAAAGUCCAUCUUUGUGGAUGUGCCUGAAAUGCGGCCACAGAGGCUGCGGGAGAUCAGAGAAUCAGCAUGCGAUGAAGCACUUUGAGACGCCUCGAUCCGAGCCACACUGUUUAGUGCUCAGCCUGGACGUCUGGAGUGUCUGGUGUUACAUCUGUGAUGAAGAAGUUCAGUAUUCCAGCACAGGGCAGCUGGCACAGCUGAUCAAAAACAUAAGAAAACAAGUGCUGACAGAUCCUGGCAAGAGGAACUCUAACAAAAAAUGUAAGAAGGAAGAGAUUCCUGCAGAGCAAACACUGGAUGAAGAGAAAGAGAACAAGGAGAACCAGAAGAGCAACUCCAAGCAUGAUGACAGUCCCAAAAGACAGAAAGCAGCAGCAGCAGGAAGCUCUGGUGUUGUGUGCGUCAGGGGUCUCAGUAAUCUGGGCAACACAUGUUUCUUCAAUGCAGUCGUGCAGAAUUUAUCUCAGACGCAGUAUUUGCGAGAACUGCUGAACCAGAUUUUGGAUGAGAAGAGCUGCCUCACCAUCAUACCUGCACUGUCAUCUGAGCUGGAAUCUCUUCAGAUCCAGCUGGAAAGGCCCGGGUCGCUCACGCUGGCUAUGUGUCAGUUACUGAAUGAAAUCCAGGAGACCAAGAAAGGUGUUGUGACCCCUAAAGAACUCUUCACACAAGUGUGUAAAAAAGCUCCACGCUUUAAAGGCUUUCAGCAGCAGGACAGUCAGGAGCUGCUCCGGUACCUUCUGGACGGCAUGAGGGCAGAAGAAGUGAAAAGAGUAAAUUCUGGAAUUCUGGAGGCUUUGAAAAACUCUGGCAAAAGCUUAGAGGCUGAGCAGAUGAAGAAGGUUCUUAAAGAGUACGAGAAAAACGGUGCACACAAGAACUUUGUGGACCGAGUGUUUGGUGGAGAGAUGAGCAGCACGGUGAUGUGUAAAGAGUGCAAAACUGUGUCUCUGGUGACAGAGAUGUUUCUGGAUCUUUCUCUUCCAGUAGCUGAUGAGGCCUACAGGAAGAAGAAUCAGAAGAAAACCCCUCAGUAUCGCAGCAGCGUCAGUGAUGAUGGAGAUCGAGACAGCAAAACAUCUCUGGUCAAUGGGAAUGAAGACAUGUCUACAGGAACAGGAAGCAAGUACCAGCAGAAGAAAGCCAAGAAACAGGCCAAGAAACAAGCCAAGAAUCAGAGACGGCAGCAGAAACUGGGUGGUAAAGUCAGUCUGGACGCUCUGACCAAUCAGAGCACAGCUAGCAGCAUCGAUCCAGCAGACGGCUCUGAUCAGAGUGUGUCAGUAAAUGGCAGUGCUGAUGUGGAAACAGUUAAAAACAGCCAGGAGCAUUUGAUCCUUGAGAAACCUCCCACACACUCACAAAAUGAGGAUGAAGAUGAUGAGGAACCCGAGCAAGAACAUGCUACUGCUGGCAAGAACCGUUUCACUGCCUUAUCCGAAGACCAAACCUCUGAAGAUGUGUCUGUGGAGGGAGACAAAGUGGAAGAUGUGAAUGAAAUUGAGGAGGAGGAGGAUGGUGCUGAUCAGCUUUGUGCUGAAGAGGAUCUAUUAGUAGAAGAACUGAAUACUAUGUCACUAAAAACAGCUCCAGAAUGUGAGAUGGAGAAUGGAGAUGACGUCUCAGGUGAUGAUAAAGAAUACACUGUGGUGAAUCAGGACCCUGAGCUUGCUUUUCACGCACUGACCACCAGGGAGGUGCCAGAGAAGCAGGAGUGUUCGGUGGAGUCUUGUCUUUACCAGUUCACUGAGGUGGAACAUCUCACAGAGAACAACAGGCUGAUGUGUGUUACCUGUACAAAACGCCAGUCUGGACCUAAAGCCUCAGAUGGUGGUAAGAAAGCUGUUUACAGAGAUGCACUGAAGCAGAUGCUGAUCUCUCAUCCUCCAGCAGUGCUCACGCUCCACCUGAAGAGAUUCCAGCAGGUUGGAUACAGUGUUUGUAAGGUGAACAGACAUGUGCAGUUUCCUCAGAUCCUGGAUCUUGCUCCUUUCUGCUCUUUAAACUGCAAGGGUGUGAAGGAGGGCGAGACGCAAGUGCUGUAUAGUCUUUAUGGCAUAGUGGAGCACAGCGGUACCAUGCGGUCCGGACACUACACGGCCUACGUUAAAUCACGACCCUCCAUGCACAAUUACGUAGAAAACGGGUUGGCUGCUGGUUCAGGUAACGCUGAGGCCAGUAAAGGAUCAUGGUUCCACGUCAGCGACAGCAGCGUUCACCCGGUUACAGAGGCCAAAGUGCAGAGUUCCCAAGCCUACCUCCUGUUCUACGAGAAGAUCUCAUAACCCAUAUGAGGACUGAGCUUCAAAACAAAGGGCUGCUGGUGCUUCAUUCCAACUGCUGGGAAAUCAUGUUGAAACACAAUGCAAAUGGAUUGAAAACUUGAAUCAAAGUUGUUUGUAUGAGCAUCCUCUUUUAUUUUUUUUUCUCUGCAUCAUCAGCUGCUGUUCAGGGGAAAGUUUUGAUUCAUGCAAACAAGAUGCAGAACUUGCUUGCGAUCAUUGUAUUUUUUUUUUAUUUUUUUUUUUUAAAUUGAAGUUCAUAAUGCUCAGUGGAGAUUUAAAAGCGAUGAAAUGUUUUUCUUACCUCUAGAUCAUGAUAGCAUGGCUUGAUAAAGCUUUGGAGUGGUCAUUUGCUUCAUACAACGUAUCUCAAAGUAUCUGAUUGUCCUGCACAGUCUUCCAGGACUCUGCUGCCAAGAGAAAUAGUCAUUUUGAGUGAAUCUCAUGAAGAAAAGUCAUAUUUCACCCCAAAAUCAUAGGUAUAUAAAUAUAUGUAUUUCAUUUUUUUAUAACAGUUAAGUUUAUAUCCCCACAAUUUUCAUUACGGUUUACAUUUACUGUUACAAGUCUCAUUUUUAAUAAUGUAAUACACUGAAUGAUCAUGGACACAUUUUUAAAAUUUAGUCAGUGUUAAUUAAAUUCAGUACAAUAAAUAAUAUGAUGUAAAUAUACAGCUGUGCUUAAAAUAAAUAAUGGUUUUAUAAAUAGGUUUCAUUUUCUUUACUCAAAAUAAUUAAAAAUAUUUUAUUUUGGGGUGAAAUAAGAACAAAAUAUGACCAAGACAUGACUUAACAGUCAUGAGAUUCAUCUUUUUUAUUUUUAAAAUGUAAAACACUUUUUUUUUUUUUUUUUCCCACCAGAGAUAUAUAUAUAUUGGUACAAUUUUAUAUUGCAAUAAAUACCUUCCUGUCCUCAAAAUAAUGGCAUCAUAUUCAUGAGUCAUGAACUUCAACAUGAAAUUUCAAUAUAUGUACCUCAAGGAUCCGUUAUUUUAU